AUGAGGUUGUUGAUAAAUUUCCUAUUAUUAUUGAUGAUAAUAGCUGUAAUCAAUUGUAAAAAUGUGGAAGAAGAUUAUGACGCAGUCAAUGAGGAAGAAGCCGGUGUGAUUCCAUUUACUCAUUUCUGUAAAUUCGAAAUUCCAAUGGUCAAUCACUCGACUACAGACGAUGAAGAUUUUUGUGAUUGUGAUGUUGUCUCGAGUUCCGUAAUCGGUAAACCUAUAGUCAAAAUAAACUGUGAAAUGAGUAAUCACGUCACCAAUCUUACAAAUAAAGUGUUUCAAGCACAAAAGCUACCCAUCAAUACUGUCACAUUGAUACUCUCCUAUCAACAUUUCAAUGAGAUACCCGAGUUUGUUGGAGAACAUUUAAAACAUCUCGACAUGUCAAAUAAUUUGAUUACAAUCAUAAAAGAUGAAAAUUUUAUUCAUGUCACGUCCCUUGAGCAUUUAGAUUUGAGCUACAAUUCAAUUUCGGAGAUUCAAUCCAGUGCAUUUCAACAAUUGCAGCUUUUGCACUAUCUUGAUCUAAGCAGUAAUCGAAUUGUUCAGCUGCCAUUGAAUGUUUUUACACCGCUUAGUGCACUUGAGACAUUAAAACUAUCAUCAAAUGAGGAACUGGGAAAGAAUAUUGUACGUGAUGUUUUCAAUUCAUCCUCAGUAUCAAUUUAUCAACUUUUUGGUAUCACAACGAAACUUAAUAGUCUUGUAAUGACUCACUGUGAGUUGACUGCAGUAAAUCUACGUGAAGGUGCUGACUUGAAGCGCAUCAAUUUGAGUUUUAAUAACAUCACUGACUUCUCGAUGAUUGAAUUACCAGAUAAUGUAGUAAGUCUCGAGUUAUCCGGAAAUCCAAUACUUCAUUUUACGGCAACAUCAUUACCAUCGCUUUUAUUGCUCGAGGAAUUAAUUUUAGAGGAUCUACCAUUUCUAAAAGAAGUGAGCGAUUUUUCACUUUAUGGAUUUCCAAAGCUCCAUCAUUUGACAUUUGAAGGAUCAAGAAAUUUAUCGCUUAUAAAAGGCUCUGCUUUUUAUGAGGAUUCAUCCAAUGAAAACAUUGAUACACAACUUAAAAUAUUCAACCUUCGUGGGUGCAGCUUGAAAAGUCUCCAUAUUUCACUUGAACCAAUAAUCAAUCAAUUGGCAGAAUUUCAUAUUGACGGUAAUUCGUUCGAUUGUAGCUGUGAUAUGAAAUGGGUAAAAUAUAUUGGAAUUGACACAAACUUACAGUGUCAUAGACCCGAAACACUUAAUGGAAAGCUUUUAAGAGAAAUACCUGAUAAGAGGCUGAAAUGUGAGAAUUUCUUCUUGAAUAAGCUUAUUAAUACAAUGAUUCUACUAUUUCUUCUGAUGGUAUGCUCAUUGGCAAUAUGGUUCUUCUUGAGACGAUUAAAUCCAACGCGUAGAAAUAAAUUUCAAAAAGUUGGACCCGAGUCGCCUUAUCAACGAGUCACAAUAGAACCAAAUCGAGCGGAAUAUUCACUGUACUAA